UCUUCUUUUAACUUAUCAUAUAUUACCCUCCCUUCUUCUUCACAACUACUUCUGCUAUCUUCAUAUUUUUUCUUAAAAUUCCUCCAAUCCUCCUCACUUCUUCAUAGUUUUAGCAUCAGAUUACAGUGUUAGAGAUGAAGUUCGGGAAAAGUCUGAGUAAUCAGAUCGAAGAAACAUUACCAGAAUGGAGAGAUAAGUUUUUGUCAUACAAAGAUUUGAAGAAAAGGUUGAAAUCUAUUGAUCCUAAAUGUAAUGGAACUGCUGAAACCAGGUCUUCUAAAAGACCUAAGUUUUCUGAUAAUGGUGAAAAUAAUAAUGGUGGUGAGAUUGUUGUUGUUAAUAAUAAUAAAGAUAUUAUGAAGGGAAUUAGCCGAGAAGAAAUUGAUUUCAUUAGGUUAUUAGAAGAUGAACUUGAGAAAUUCAAUUGGUUUUUUGUUGAUAAAGAAGAAGAAUACAUCAUCAGAUUAAAGGAGUUGCAAGACAGAGUUGCAAAAGCAAAGGAAUCUAAUGAUGAAUUGAUUAAAGCAAGAAAAGAGAUUGUUGAUUUUCAUGGAGAAAUGGUUUUGCUUGAAAACUAUAGUGCCCUCAACUAUACUGGCUUGGUGAAGAUACUGAAAAAGUAUGAUAAGCGUACAGGGGCUCUCAUUCGUUUGCCCUUCAUCCAGAGGGUUUUGCAGCAGCCAUUCUAUACCACAGACCUACUUUACAAAUUGAUAAAGCAGUGCGAAAUAAUACUUGAUCACCUCUUUCCCAUCAACAUCGUGCCCUCAAUUCCAACAUCUGAAAUCGCUGAUACUAAUACAGAUUGCACCACUGCUCCUACUCCUGCCACAACUGUUGUUCCCACCCCCACAGAGAAAGAAGGUUCAUUGCUCAGAGGACCAAAGGAACUAGCAGAGAUUGAGUACAUGCAAAGUUUGUAUAUGAAGAGCACUAUGUCAGCAUUGAGGGUCUUGAAGGAAAUAAGAAGCGGAAGCUCAACCAAGAGCGUAUUUUCAUUGCCACCAAUGCAACCUUGUCCGCUGGAAGAAACUUGGAACAAAGUACCUGUUCUUGAACAAACAGCAAAGUAGUUUUUAUUUAUCUGAUCAAAUAUCUUUGAAAAGUAGAUACUUAACACGGGUGGAUGUAUUCUUAAUCUUUUUGUUUUUCUUCCUGUAAAGGUUAUUUGCUCAUGUAAUAAUUUGGUUAAGGGACGGACUGUCUUAGCUAAAACUUGAGCAGCAUAACCUUUGGUUGUUCACCACAGAAUACUUUGGUUCUUUUUACUUGUACUAGAAAUACCAACACAGAUGUAAAGUGAUUUUAGUUGAAGUUAAUAGUAAUAGAUUCGUGUUUUAACU